AUUUUAACAGUCUUAUCAACAUGAUGGAGAAAUUUGGCUUGUUAUGCCCUUGGCCGUCGUCCGAUGAGAAUGGGUCACCCAGUGAGUAUCUUGUACCUUUCAUGUUGAUGUUCCCACCAAAGAAUGUAACAGAUUUGUUUUCAUCUGCGGGUAUUCCAUCCCUUUUUGUGAAGUUUAAAUCUGGUCAAGUGCCAAUAGGACUCUUUCCUCGCUUAGUACUGAUGGUCAUGCAAUGGUGCACGAGGGAAGGUCACAACCAAGGACACCCUCAACUGUAUCACAAUUUUGUCAGGUUUUACACUCACCCAGCAAAAGCCAUCUCUCUGAUCCUUCUCAGCCGUUCCUCUUCCAUUGAGGUUGUUGUUCACCGAGGAAAAACGAUGUCCGAGGUUUCCAAGAAUGAAGGGAGGAAUCUGCCAUCUGUAUUCAGCCACGACACCUCUCAAAUAGAGUUUGCGCAUACUGUGUGUCGACAACUCGGACUAAUUCUGGAAUGCAUGCGGAAGGAGUUUCAUUGGUUAAAGAACAUGGCUUACGAGAUGUCAGUUUGCUGUCCGAUCUGUUGCACGGGAAAGGCGGUCGAACAUUGUGAAAAGCAUCGCGUAAGUAAAUGUAAGGAAGAAGAAUGCUUUCACUUCUGGUCGGAGUCACAGUUGCGCAAUUGUCAAAGGCCCCUUGUAUGCACCAAGCCUGCGGCUGCUGGAGAUUACAGGGUUCCACUCGAGCACUUCGCAACAUGGUUUCCAUUUUUGGGAGUCACUGGCGAGGGUAACGAGGAAGCAGCAUUAACUAGUACGGAAGGGAAAGGCGAACAAGCCAUUGUCCUCUCCGAUGAGCUGCUUCAGGCCCUUCAAUUACGGACAUGCGAUGCAGACGGUGUUGUUGCUCUUUUACAACAUAGUUUAUCAUUGGACCUAUCAUCCACAGAGCAGCCAGAUCCAGAGACAAAGCCUAUGAUUCGCUGCCUUUGUUCCAAAGCCCAAUCUGCAGAGAGACAUGAUGUUGUGAAGAGGUUACGAGAGAUUGCACCUUCUGGUACAACAGGACCUUUGUUGCCUGAGACGUGUGACAUUUUAGAUAUUCCCACUCUUCAGAGAGUGAAUUUAACAAUUCACAUGUGUGGUGGAAAUGAAUGGAAGUACUUGGCGGAGCGAGUGGGCUUGAGUCAAGCAGAGAUCCGUUUCCUUGACAACCGACUAAUAAACCCUUGUGAGGCCGCGUUGGCUCAUGCUCGAAAGCAGGGCUUUAUACGCAGUACUAAUGAGGCAAACAGAACUUUGGGUUUCUUAAAAAGGAAUCUUGGAAAAUAUCCUGAAUCUAUCAAAGAACUGUCAUAUAAAUCCUUAGUUCGACCGCAUCUCGAGUAUGCAAGCACAAUCUGGGAACCCUGGAAGGACAAACACGUAAAUCAAAUUGAAGCUGUUCAAAGAAGAUCUGCACCUUUUGUAAAAAAAUUGUUGGGAGCGUAA